ACCAAGACUUGGGUACAUGCACCAUUCCCGUACCUGCGCCGACAUCGAUCCAGCCCUCUCUGCCACUUCCCCUUCUCACGCCUCUCUCGUCGAUCAUUCUUCACUCUCCCGCCCUCACUCAUCCCAUCCAUCACAAGCGACCUCAAACAAGUCUAGACUCGUCACGGCUAGACAAGCAAGUCUGCCCAUCGCGGGGGAUCCUCAUCACUCGCAGCCACACCAUCGCCAUCUACCUGACGCCUCCGACCCAAUCCCUGUCCUCUCCCUCCUGGUCAUGACAUAUCACUGAUGCUGAUCUCCACGCUGUCCGGACCUGUCGAGGUCCCUUCUGUUUCUCCUCAUCAACGACCCACCUCCCGCGACAUGGCUGACACUGUCCUUCCGGUCCCGUCUUCCGUCAAGCGUGCCUGCGAUGGAUGUCAUCGUCGAAAGGUCAAGUGUAUCGGCGAUGGUACUCGACCGUGUAAGAACUGCACCUCCGCUGGCUUGACAUGUACCUACAACGCCAUCCCUCAGAAGAAAGGUCCCAAAGGAAGCAGAGCCAAGGUCAUCUCCGAGUUGAGGGAAACUCAACGCCAGUCGCAACUCGUUGCCAAACGACAUGGACUGGAUUUCGAGCAUGAAACUCAUCACGCUCAGGCGUAUCCCCGAAAGCCUGGUCUCCUCUCCAUGGACAUGAUCACAACAUGUGUCGACUACUACUUUGCCAACAUCUACCCAACUCAACCCAUCCUUCACCGACAAAAGGUCGGCGAGACCAUCGGCCAGAUGGAUACCAACAUCGAAGCAUACUGCUUGGUCCUGUCACUAUGCGCCUACAUGAUGAUCCAACCAAAUAUGGUCAUUCCACAUGGCGCUUUUGAGGGUCUCGAUAUCCUACCUCAACCAAGCCUACAGGUCGGUCAUCUUCUCCUGCAGGAAGCUCUUCGAAUGCGCAAGGAAUACAACUACAUCGAAACACCGACCGUAUGGUCCGUCAUCACGUCCUUCUUCUUCUUCGGUAGCUACUUCUGCCUCGAUCGUCAGAACACAGCAUGGUUCCAUCUCCGAGAAGCAACGACGCUGGCUCAGGUCAUGGGAAUGCACGAAGAGGCCAGCUACCAAAAUCCGGAUGUGGUAGAAAGCUCACGGAGGCGGCGACUGUACUGGCUGUUGUUCGUCACAGAGAGAGCAUACGCUCUGCAACAGCACAAGCCACUCACAUUACACGCGACCAUCAACUUGCCGACACUGGACGAGGAUCCCGCAGAGACUGUCGAAUUGAAUGGUUUCAUCCACCUCGUUCGUCUCUUCCGACCAUUCGACGAUACGUUUGUCGGCCUGUGGAACAAAGCACGCGUGGGUUGCACAACAGAAUGGCUGGCAAGGUUGCAACAGCAAUUAUCCGAUGCUUUGCCAACAUACUUACAAUGCACGGAGACCCAGGCGGUCGAUUUGCGGUGCUCACAACAAUGGCUGCGAACAAUGGUAUGGCAAUUGUCAAUCAGCCACGGCUUCCUCUCAUCAGCAGCAGCCGACAACGCCAUGAGCUUCAAGUUCCCGAUUGAGGUGUCCCGAGAUCUGGUACAGUCGGCAUCGCAGUUCUCCCAGCAAUCGAUGGAGGUGCACGGCAUCGGACUCAUCGAGAAGCUCUUCGACGUGGCAUGCACGCUCACAGAUGUCAUGUCGGUCAUCCCCCAAGACCAAUACACCUUCGAACUCGGUCCCAGAGAUUACCUCAACCAACUAACCUCACUCAUCUCCAGCCUCCGAGGCGGCCAACAACGCUACCUUCCACUUCUCAUGCAGAAAAUCUCCGAUGCCGUACCCGAUCAUCAAACGCCCGCCUUCACCAUUCCCGCCAUCCCACGCAGUAUACGGUCCGAGGAAAUUUACGACGGCAGCCACAGCAGUGCUCCCAACAGCGGCGAGUCGACUCCAGCAUUCGGCAGUCCUCUCGGCAGUCCACUCAGCGUCGGUGUGAACCCUUACAACUCAUACCCAGACAUGGGCGUCACGUCUGCGCUGCAGUACGGGCCUCCACCGCCUGCUGCGACCUACAGCAUGACGUCUGCGCCGACGACAGUUCCGGGACCGCAGGCUAUGUAUGGAAUGCCGAAUCCCGCUGUGACGAGAGGGCCAGUGCCGAAGUAUGAUUCGGCUGGAUGA